CCAGCGCGCCUGCACGGUGCAUGGCUUCCCAGCUAUCGAUACACAUUGCCCGCUGGGAUCCGUCCCAGCGACGUCAAACUGCUGGAUUACGGGCCGGGAAAUAGAAGAGACGGAUGGGAGAGGGGGGUGGGGGGUGGGGGGGAACGAUUGGUUGUUCAUCGUGAGGAUACCAGAACGCCGAGCCCACCCUUUCACUUGACAACGCGACAACAAGCAGGCAAACGGUCGUAUUCUCCGCUGUCCAUCCUCCAUCCACCCUAACCUAGUGGGUUGGGGAAACCCCCGAUGAGUGGGACCUGUAUCCAUGAGCCCCGUGCCCCUUCCCCCUCCCUGUCAGGCUUCAGUACCCCGGUAUCAGAAACCCCCUAUCGAAGACUUGAUGGUGACACUCCCGCCUGCACCCCGGAAACGGAUCUGACCCCUACACAGUGUGUCCUCCGAAACGUGUUGUCUAUUGACACUAGUGGGCCCGGGGCACCAGGAGGCAGCAGUCCCACUCCCAGUGAUGGACCCUCAGGCCACUUUGAUAACAGUGUGCUAAAACUACACGAACAUGACACGUGCCAGUGUGGCAGUGGUGCCGAGGCGGGCCACAGUCCGGAGGCUGGUGCUGUCCGGAGCCAUUCGGAGAACAUUCGCCUCCAAUCAGGUAGUGGAGGGUUUUUGGAGGGUCUGUUUGGCUGCCUAAAACCUGUGUGGACCAUGAUCGGAAAGGCCUACUCCACUGAACACAAGCAUAGCCAUGAAGAGUGCUGGGAGGUUCCAUUUGAGGAGAUCUCAGACCUGCAGUGGGUGGGCAGUGGUGCGCAAGGUGCUGUCUUCCUCGGCAAGUUCCACGGAGAUGAUGUGGCCGUAAAGAAAGUGCGAGACAUCAAGGAGACUGAAAUCAAACACCUUCGCAAACUAAAACACCCCAACAUCAUUACUUUCAAGGGUGUGUGCACCCAGGCUCCUUGUUAUUGCAUCUUGAUGGAAUACUGUGCCCAAGGCCAACUAUAUGAGGUGCUGAGGGCGGGUCGUAAAAUCACCCCCUCACUCCUGGUUGACUGGUCCAUGGGCAUCGCAGGAGGCAUGAACUACCUACACCUUCAUAAGAUCAUACACAGAGACCUCAAGUCCCCCAAUAUGCUGAUCACACACGAUGACCUUGUAAAGAUUUCGGACUUUGGAACCUCAAAGGAGCUCAGUGACAAGAGCACAAAGAUGUCUUUUGCAGGCACUGUAGCUUGGAUGGCUCCUGAGGUCAUUCGGAAUGAGCCAGUGUCAGAAAAGGUGGACAUCUGGUCAUUUGGAGUGGUGCUGUGGGAGAUGCUCACCGGAGAGAUCCCUUACAAAGAUGUGGAUUCAUCUGCCAUUAUCUGGGGUGUCGGAAACAACAGCCUGCAGCUGCCCAUACCUGAGAGCUGCCCUGAUGGCUUCAAGAUCCUCCUCAGACAAUGCUGGAACUGCAAACCCAGGAAUCGGCCCUCUUUCCGUCAGAUCCUUCUCCAUCUGGACAUAGCGUCAGCUGACGUUCUGUCCACUCCUCAGGAGACAUACUUCAAGUCCCAGGCUGAAUGGCGAGAGGAGGUGAAACAGCACUUUGAGAAGAUUAAAUCUGAGGGUACUUGUCUGCACCGACUCGAUGAGGAGCUGAUCAACCGACGCAGAGAAGAGCUCAGACAUGCCUUAGACAUUCGUGAACACUAUGAGAGGAAACUGGAGAGGGCUAACAACCUCUACAUGGAGCUCAGCGCUGUCAUGCUGCAGCUGGAGCUUAAAGAAAAAGAGCUGCAGAGGAGGGAGCAGUCCUUGGACAAGAAGUACCCAGGUUUUUUUAAGCAUCACAGCUCCAGGCAGAGCAGCUCUUCGAACAGUAUGGACAAGCUCAUCAAGAAGAGAAAUGUGCCACAGAAACUUCCCUCAGGAAAGCGGCCAGACAUCCUUAAGUCUGAGGUAAUCAUUCCCAAAAUGGAUUUGUCUGUAAUGCAAGUCACUAUCCCCACGUGCCCCACUAGAAGCUCCACUUCUCCCAGUCGGUCUCGGAGGGUAAAAACCCGCCACCGUAAGCCUGGAAAAGGCAGCAGUGGAGAUCUGGCAGCACUUAAAGUCAAUCAAUCGUCUCCCAAUAGAGAGACGGUGGCCCAAGUUAACAGUUUGGCCACUUAUUCCUCCAAGCAGCUCCUGGAGCCCUCUGCAGCCCUGCGGGGCCUCGACCACGAGCAGCAGCAAAGGCAGAUAUCCUCCUCCAGCCCUGACCUAAUCUGCAACAUGCUAGAGGUGAGCAGCCAGGGAAAAGAGGAUCCACCUGCCAGUGGACUGGAAAGAGUGGGAAGCCUCAGCGCCUCUGCAGGAUUAGGGGAAACAGAGGUGGGGGUUGCCGGUCUGGAUGAUCUCACAGAAACUCCCCCGCGCAGCGAUACUCCAAGCGAGGAUGCAGCAUCAUUCCCGUUUUCUAGCAGCCCCGACUCGCCUUGUGGGAGAGGGGCUGCAGCAGGGCGUGGAUCUCUUGGAUCUCCCCGCCUGCCUCAUGAUGGGGGGGAAGAUAAAGAGGAUGGAGCAGGUGCUGUGAGGUUGCCCCGGGGGGCUUCAGGAGGAAUUGGGAGUCAGCACCUCACACCUUCAGCCAUUCUGUACAGGGCAGCUAUUACACGAAAACAGAGGCGUGGGGUGUCGUCAGAAGAGGAGGAGGGUGAAGUUGACAGUGAGGUUGAGUUACCACGGAGACGACGGCCGACGAGCAUCACCAAGUGUCAGUCGGUGUCAACCUUCAGCUCAGAGAACCUGUCAGUUUCGGACGGCGAGGAGGGCCACACUACAGACCACUCCCACAGCGGCACCCCUGAUGUAGUCAGCACCAACACGGAUGACAGGUUGGACUACCGCAGUGACGACCUCCUCUCUCAGGGCUCAGAGAUCCCAGCAGACAGCACGGAUCCCGUGCAGGCUUCUGAAGGCCUGUCAGAGAGAGACGGAAUGCUGGGUCAGGCCAAAGCAAAGCUGGAAGGCGAGCAGAAUCCAAAUGAGGGUCGGGUCCUGUGUGAUGAUUCGGACUGUGACAGCGCUGAGCUGGACCAGUCAGGCAGCGGAGAGCCGAGCCGACCUCCCAGCGCUGGAGCGUGGAUGCCGCCCACUCAAGCCCGUCAAGGGUCCCCACAGGCAUCUCACACAGGACCCCAAUAGACACUUGGACUUAAAUACCUCUAUCUCCAUACAUUGAACCAUCACAUUAGUGCACCAGUCAGCCAGUGCAGUAUGUCACGAGGGAUCACAGCUACGACACGUCUUUAACAAAGUCAUGAGGGCUCCCAAGUAUAUUGGCUGGCAAAACUCCACCACAUGACACAAUUGUCAUAACCUGACAUGCUAUUUAUUUCUUUUUUUUCUUUUGGCAGCUUGGGUGAUAAUCAGAUAACUCAGACAUACUGUUUUGUAGUGAGAAUAGGUAUCAAGGUAAACACCACAAGUCCUUUAGUUCACUAACACCCACUGUGGGAGCAUCCCCAUACACUAAUGCAUUAUAGAAUAAGGAAGAAUAAUGUAAAUAACCAUGACAUACCACAUGAGAAAUAUUUAAUUUAUAAGAUAAAAUCUAAGAAGAAAUGGUUUGCAGCCCUGUGAACAAAUGCAUGACUAUGUGUUUAUAAUUUAUGAUUCGAAUGUAUCCGUUUUAUAUUUUGUGAAAGUUUACACUUUUUUAAUCCUGAAAGUACUUCCUCUGUUCUUCAUGUUAAUAAAUGUUAGCACUAAAAAAGAUGGAAAAUUGGAAUGAAAAGUUCACAAAGAUCAAUCAUGAUGCGUGUUUAGGGUUUCUCUGUAGGUUUGAUUUUUUAAGCACUCCUCCUGCUAAGACUUGCGGGAGGUUUAUACAAAGGUCAUCAGAUAUGUGUUGGAAUAGAGCCCUUUCAGUUCACUCAAAAGGAAUCGGUUGUUAUUGCGCAGUAGUAAUAAGUGUUGUCUUUGGUGAGUGUAAAGUAGUGCCUGCACUCACAGGGACAACCUCCUCUGACAUGCACUGAACCAGGACAAUGACUUAUGCUUCAACUUCAGCAACACUGGUGCAGGUGCUAAUAAAUGUGAAUGUGCUUUUGUAAUGAACUUAAAGGACUCAUUAUGUUCAUUAUGUUGGUCAGCUUCAUAAAAACCUCCAUGGUCCCCCAAGACCCUUUAAGAUUUCUUCAGGAGUAGCCUGGUAGAGUAUAUAGAGCACUUCUCUGUGGUCACUCGUCAAAAUGUUAUCCUUUGAAUAGAAACGUUUUGUUUUUAUACUGCAUUGCACAUUGUACCUGUAAUAUAGGAACUAUAUCAAAAGAAAAAAU